AUUCUUCUGUGAUCAUGAGAGAGAGAAAUGAAGAAUGAUCCGUGAUUUUUAAACACCUUGUCUUGGGGAUCUAGUCAUGUUGGAAGGGCUUGUAGCCUGGGUUCUCAAUACCUAUCUGGGGAAAUACGUCAAUAACCUGAACACUGACCAGCUCUCCGUUGCGCUUCUGAAAGGUGCAGUUGAAUUAGAAAACUUGCCAUUAAAGAAAGAUGCCUUGAAAGAACUGGAGUUACCAUUUGAAGUCAAAGCUGGUUUAAUUGGGAAAGUAACCCUUCAGAUUCCCUUUUAUCGCCCCCAUGUGGACCCUUGGGUGAUCUCCAUCUCCAGCCUUCACUUAAUUGGAGCCCCUGAAAAAAUACAAAAUUUUAAUGAUGAAAAGGAGAAACUGUUGGAAAGGGAACGCAAGAGAGCUCUUCUUCAAGCCCUGGAGGAAAAAUGGAAGAAUGAACGCCAGCAGAAAGGGGAAUCCUAUUGGUAUUCCGUCACUGCCUCCGUAGUUACGAGAAUUGUGGAGAAUAUUGAAUUAAAAAUUCAAGAUGUUCACUUGCGCUUCGAAGACGGUAUUACCAAUCCUUCCCACCCUUUUGCCUUUGGCAUCUGCAUUAAGAAUGUGUCCAUGCAAAAUGCGGUGAAUGAGCCUGUGCAGAAGUUAAUGCGGAAAAAGCAGUUAGAUGUGGCAGAGUUUAGCAUCUAUUGGGAUGUCGAUUGCACUUUACUAGGGGAUUUGCCUCAGCUGGAGUUGCAGGAGGCCAUGGGCAAGAGCAUGGAGAGCCGCGAUCAUCACUACAUCUUGGAGCCGGUAUGCGCAUCUGCCCUUUUGAGGAGAAACUGCUCCAAAGAGCCUCUGAGGUCUCGGCACACUCCCCGUUUUGAAUGCGACAUCCAGCUGGAGACCAUCCCCUUGAAACUCUCUCAGCUGCAAUACCGGCAAAUCAUGGGAUUCCUCAAGGAGCUGGAACGGAAGGAGAGGCAGGCGAAGUUUCGAAAAUGGAAACCCAAAGUGGCCAUCUCUGGGAACUGCCGAGAAUGGUGGUACUUUGCCCUGGAUGCUAACCUGCACGAGAUCAGAGAGCAGAGGAAGCGCUGCACCUGGGACUUCCUGUUGCACCGCGCCCGCGACGCCGUGUCCUACACCGACAAGUACUUCAGCAAACUGAAAGGAGGCCUGCUGUCUGCAGACGACACGGAGGAAAUGUGUCGGAUUGAAGAGGAACAGAGCUUUGAGGAAUUGAAGAUUUUGCGUGAGCUGGUGCACGAACGAUUUUACAAGCAAGAGGAGCUGGCAGAGAGCCUGCGAGAGCCUCAGUUUGAUUCUCCAGGAGACUGUCCUGGAGACCCAGGCAGCGGUGCGGGCAGUGGGAUGCUGCAGUACCUGCAGUCCUGGUUUCCUGGCUGGGGCGGCUGGUCGGGGAAGCCAGUCGAGGGGCUGUCAGCAGAGCAGCACGAGCAGUGGACUCCUGAAGAGAUCCUGGGCACCGAGGACUUUUUUGACCCCGCUGCGGACGCCUCCUGCAUGAACACGUACACCAGGCGGGACCACGUCUUUGCCAAGCUGAACUUGCAGUUGCAGCGGGGCACCGUGACUCUGUCGCACCAGGAGCCAGGCACUCCUCAGACCCAGGAAAGUGCUUUCAUGCAGCUCGAGUUUUCAGAUGUAAAGCUUUUGGCAGAAUCCCUUCCUCGAAGAAAUUCUUCCUUGCUUCUAGUCCGGUUGGGUGGCCUGUUUCUUCGAGACCUGGCCACAGAAGGAACGAUGUUUCCUCUUCUGGUCUUCCCUAAUCCAGAAAAAGAAGUUGGCAGAGUUUCACAGUCUUUUGGUCUCCAAACAACAUCUGCAGACAGAAGUGAUCACUACCCUGCUGCGGACCCAGAUGCCCCAGUGUUUGAGAUGCUGUAUGAAAGAAACCCAGUGCACAGCCAUUUCGAGAGGCGGCUGAAUGUCAGCACCAGGCCCUUGAACAUCAUCUAUAAUCCCCAGGCUAUUAAAAAAGUAGCUGACUUUUUCUACAAGGGAAAGGUUCAUACCUCAGGCUUUGGUUAUCAGUCUGAACUUGAGUUGAGAGUGGCUGAGGCUGCCCGAAGGCAGUAUGACAAACUGAAGAUGCAGACCAAGGCAGAAAUCCGUCAAACUCUCGAUCGUCUGCUAGUGGGUGACUUCAUUGAGGACAGUAAACGGUGGACUGUACGACUAGAUAUUUCUGCCCCUCAAGUGAUAUUUCCUGAUGAUUUCAAAUUCAAGAAUCCUGUGUUAGUUGUUGUGGAUCUAGGAAGAAUGCUACUGACCAAUACCCAAGAUGACUCCAAGAGGAAGAGUGUGGAUGAGUCAGCCUCUGAAGAGAAUCAGUUUAGUGAUGACGAGUAUAUGACCCCUCUUGCCACACCUCCUAACACCCCACCCCCCGAGACGAGCAGCAGCAAUGAGGAGAAAACACCUCCAUUUUCUAUCAGCGAAGAGCAGCUCCAAGCACAUCUAUUGAGCACAAAGAUGUAUGAGAGGUACUCCCUGUCGUUUAUGGACCUCCAGAUCAUGGUGGGACGAGUGAAGGACAAUUGGAAGCAUGUCCAGGAUAUUGAUGUGGGGCCAACCCACGUGGUCGAGAAAUUCAAUGUUCACCUACAGUUAGAACGCCGGUUGAUUUAUACUUCAGAUCCCAAGUACCCCGGAGCCGUGCUCUCAGGUAACCUGCCUGACUUAAAGAUCCACAUCAAUGAAGAUAAAAUAUCCGCCCUAAAGAACUGCUUCGCUCUCCUCACCAUGCCAGAAAUGAAGACUUCUGACUCGCAGAUCAAAGAGAAGAUUUUCCCCCAAGAGGGUCCGCGGGGAACUCUGCAAGACUCUGUAAUGAAUUUAACCCAGAGCAUCGUGAUGUUGGAGCAGCACACCCGGGAGGUCCUGGUGGAGUCGCAGCUCCUCCUGGCCGAGUUUAAAGUGAACUGUAUGCAGCUUGGUGUGGAGAGCAACGGCCAGUACAUUUCCGUGCUCAAGGUGUUUGGGACCAACGCUCACUUCGUGAAGAGGCCUUACGAUGCCGAAGUCUCCCUGACUGUUCAUGGUUUGCUCCUGGUGGACACCAUGCAGACAUAUGGUGCAGAUUUUGACCUUUUGAUGGCGUCACACAAGAACUUGAGCUUUGAUAUCCCAACAGGAAGCCUCCGGGCUAGCAGGUCCCAGUCUCCUGUCUCUGGAUCCAGUGUGGCCCCCUUCACUAAUGUUGUCACUGUGAGCGACCCGUCAGCGGCGAGUGUCUCACUUGACAGAGUUCUCACCAAAGAACAGGAGUCCCUCAUUAAAUUGGAGUAUCAGUUUGUGAGUUCAGAGUGCCCGUCAAUGAAUUUGGAUAGCACUCUCCAGGUGAUUUCAUUGCAGGUAAAUAAUUUGGAUAUUAUUCUAAAUCCAGAGACAAUUGUGGAGCUGAUUGGUUUUCUUCAAAAAUCCUUUCCCAAGGAAAAGGAUGAUUUGAGUCCCCAACCUUUAAUGACUGACUUUGAAAGAAGCUUUAGGGAAGAAGAAACUUACCAAGCUACCUAUGAACAAAACACCGAGGUUGCAGUGGAGAUCCACCGACUUAACUUACUGCUCCUCCGGACAGUGGGAAUGGCGAAUGGAGAGAAAUAUGGCAGAAAAAUUGCGACUGCUAGUAUAGGUGGCACCAAAGUCAACGUCUCAAUGGGGAGCACGUUUGACAUGAAUGGUUCUCUCGGUUGUUUGCAGCUUAUGGAUUUGACACAAGAUAAUAUUAAGAACCAAUAUGUUGUCAGUAUCGGGAAUUCCAUGGGCUAUGAAAAUAUCGUCAGCGAUAUCAGUUACUUUGAAUCUGUAUUUGUCAGAAUGGAAGAGGCAACCCUCCAUGAAGCGUUGAGUUUCACAUUUGUGGAGAAAUCGAAGCAGGAAUGUUUUCUCAACCUCAAGAUGGCUUCCCUGCAUUAUAACCACUCUGCUAAAUUUUUGAAGGAGUUGACAUUGUCCAUGGAUGAACUGGAGGAGAAUUUUCGAAGUAUGCUGAAAAGCGCAGCCACCAAAGUCACCACCGUGCUCGCUACCAAGACAGCCGAGUACAGUGAGAUGGUGUCACUCUUCGAAACUCCAAGGAAGACGCGGGAAUCCUUUAGCUUGGAAGACAAUGAGAUCUAUGGGUUUAGCCCAGCUGCCUCUCAUGCCGACACUGUAAAGCUAAUCUUGAACAUAAACAUUGAAUCGCCAGUUGUUUCUAUCCCUCGGAAGCCCGGGAGCCCGGAGUUGUUGGUAGGACACUUGGGACAGAUAUUCAUCCAGAAUUUUGUGGCAGGAGAUGAUGAAUCCAGAAGCGACCGUCUGCAGGUGGAAAUCAAAGACAUUAAAUUGUACUCUUUGAAUUGCACCCAGCUGGCAGGCAGAGAGGGUCCUGGGUCUGACGUAAGCCGGGCGUCUUACCCUCCCUCUGGGUCUGCCAGUACCAACAGCCAGGAGGAAGCCCAUUUCACCCGACAUGAUUUCUUUGAAUCUUUGCAUAGAGGUCAAGCCUUUCACAUCCUGAACAACACCACCAUUCAGUUUAAACUGGAGAAGAUCCCUAUAGAGAGAGAAUCUGAACUGACUUUCUCCCUUAGUCCAGAUGACCUGGGAACUUCUAGCAUCAUGAAGAUCGAAGGGAAGUUUGUCAAUCCAGUUCAGGUGGUGUUAGCGAAGCAUGUGUAUGAGCAGGUUUUACAAACGCUGGACAAUCUCGUGUAUAGUGAAGACCUGAAUAAGUUUCCAGUCAGUGCCGCCUCCUCACCUUGUCCUAACUCUCCUCUGCCUUCCCUCAGUACCUGUGGAGAACCUUCCCUUGAAAGGAAGGAGAAUGGAUUGUUCAGCCACUCCAGCCUUUCUAACUCUUCUCAGAAGUCCUUGUCUGUGAAGGAGGUCAAAUCUUUUACCCAGAUUCAAGCCAACUUUUGUAUAUCAGAGCUUCAAGUUCAGCUAAGUGGUGAUCUGACCUUGGGGGCCCAGGGGCUUGUGAGCUUAAAGUUUCAGGAUUUUGAGGUGGAAUUCAAUAAAGACCAUCCUCAGACCUUAUCCAUUCAGAUUGCCCUGCGUUCUCUGCUGAUGGAAGACUUAUUGGAGAAAAAUCCGGAUUCUAAAUAUAAGAACCUGAUGGUGUCUCGGGGAGCCCCUAAGCCGUCAAGUUUAGCACAAAAAGAAUAUCUCUCUCAGUCUUGCCCUUCGAUAUCCAAUGUGGAGUAUCCUGACAUGCCUCGCUCUCUGCCUUCCCACAUGGAAGAAGCUCCUAACGUCUUUCAGCUGUAUCAGAGACCUACCUCGGCAUCCAAGAAGAAGCCAAAGGAAGUCCAAGACCAGGACUGUCCCUUGACCCCACCUCCUUCUCCAACAGUAGAUGAGCCCAAGACACUUGCAGGAAAGAGUAAAUUUGAUGAUUCCUUGGUCCAUAUCAAUAUAUUCUUAGUGGAUAAGAAACACCCAGAAUUCUCUUCCAUUUACAACCGAAUUAACCGGAGCAUUGAUGUUGAUUUUAACUGCUUGGAUGUGCUCAUCACACUGCAAACUUGGGUCGUGAUACUAGAUUUUUUUGGAAUUGGUUCCACUGCAGACAACCAUGCAAUGAAGGUACCUACGCCUGAGGAUAUUCUACAAAACGUGAAGUCAGAAGCAAAUGCUCUGCCAGAGCCUGAACUUCAGGAUCCAGUUAACACCAAGCUGGAUCUCAAGGUUCAUUCACUCUCUCUCGUGCUGAAUAAGACCACCAGUGAACUUGCUAAAGCAAAUGUGUCCAAAUUAGUGGCACACCUGGAAAUGAUUGAAGGAGACCUGGCCUUGCAGGGCAGCAUCGGGAGCCUGUCUCUGAGUGACCUCACAGCCCACGGGGAGUUCUACAGGGAGCGGUUCACCACCAGUGGGGAAGAAGCACUCAUCUUCCAGACUUUUAAGUAUGGACGGCCCGACCCUCUGCUGCGGAGGGAGCACGACAUUCGCGUGAGCCUCCAGAUGGCCUCGGUGCAGUACGUGCACACCCAGCGCUUCCAGGCGGAGGUGGUGGCCUUCAUUCAGCACUUCACUCAGCUGCAGGACGUCCUAGGGCGCCAGCGGGCCGCGAUUGAGGGGCAGACGGUGAGAGAUCAAGCCCAGCGCUGCUCACGGGUUCUCCUGGAUAUCGAGGCUGGUGCUCCUGUUCUCCUUAUCCCAGAAAGUUCCAGAUCAAAUAAUCUGAUUGUAGCAAAUUUGGGGAAGUUGAAAGUCAAGAACAGGUUUCUCUUUGCUGGUUUUCCUGGGACCUUUUCCUUACAAGAUAAGGAAUCAGUGCCUUCAGCUUCCCCAGUGAGCUUUCCCAAACACAGCAUGAGGAAGACGACGGGCACGGAGGACCCGAAGGACAGCCACACGGAGGGGCUGUUCAUGGCGCCGCCUGCUGGGGUGGGUGUAGGCGUCCUGAAGAGUGAGCUCAUGCCCAGUGCCUCGACCAAGCAGCAAGGGCAGCAAGCCACACCCUCUGUCGGCCAGGUUUCCAGUAGUCCAGAAGACCAUGUCUGCCUGCUGGAUUGCAUUGUCGUGGAUCUGCAAGACAUGGACAUCUUUGCUGCCGAGAGACGUCCCCGGGAAUAUUCGAAGGCCUCAGACGACAGCAGUGGAGAUCUGGUCUUUCCCUCCUAUUUUGUGAGACAGACGGGAGGCAGCCUCUUAACUGAGCCUUGCCGGCUGAAAUUGCAGGUGGAAAGGAAUUUGGACAGAGAGAUAAGUCAUACUGUGCCAGACAUAUCCAUUCAUGGCAACCUCUCCUCAGUCCACUGCUCCUUGGAUUUGUACAAAUACAAGCUGAUCCGUGGUUUACUAGAGAACAACCUGGGAGAGCCCAUAGAGGAAUUUAUGCGGCCUUAUGAUUUACAAGACCCAAGAAUUCACACGGUCCUGAGUGGAGAGGUGUACACAUGCAUGUGCUUCCUCAUGGACAUGGUAAACGUGAGUCUGGAGCUGAAGGAUCCAAAAGGAAGAGAAGGUGCCGGGUCCCUGGCGAGAUUUGACUUUAAGAAAUGUAAACUGCUCUUUGAGAGCUUUUCCAACCAAACCAAAUCCGUUAACUUGGUUUCCCAUUCCAUGAUGGCUUUUGACACCCGCUAUGCUGGGCAGAAGGCCAGUCCUGGCACGACCAACGUCUUCAGCUGCAUCUUUCAGCCCUCCAAGAACAGCAGCACAGCCCAAGGAUCCAUUCAGAUCGAGUUGCAUUUCAGAUCUACGAAGGAUUCCUCCUGUUUUACGGUAGUUCUCAACAAUCUCCGAGUGUUUCUCAUAUUUGACUGGCUGCUGUUAGUCCAUGAUUUUCUCCACACUCCCAGUGACAUUAAGAAACAAGCUAAUGUUACCCCUUCUCGCCACCGGAAUUCUAGCAGCGAAUCUGCUGUAGUUCCCAAAACUGUGAAGAGUGGAGUAGUUACCAGACGGUCUUCCCUUCCUGUGUCCACUGAAAAGCACUUGGAGGUCAAGGUCAAUGUAACAGGUACAGAGUUUGUGGUUGUGGAAGAUGUGUCCUGCUUCGACACCAACGCCAUUAUUCUCAAAGGCACCACAGUGCUUACCUACAAGCCCCGAUUUGUGGAUCGCCCCUUUUCAGGAAGUUUGUUUGGUAUCGAGGUGUUUUCGUGCCGACUGGGGAAUGAACAUGAUACGGCUCUUUCAAUCGUUGAUCCAGUACAAAUUCAGGUGGAGCUGGUGGGGAAUUCUUCUUAUCAGAACAGCUCAGGACUGAUGGAUGCGUUCAACAGCACAGAUUUCCCACCGAUCCUGGAGAUUCAGUUACAAGCCCUGGAUAUCAGACUCUCCUAUAAUGAUGUUCAGCUGUUUCUUGCCAUUGCAAAAUCCAUCCCUGAGCAAGCUAAUGCUGCAGUGCCCGACACGGUGGCCUUGGAGGCCAGUUCCGUUAGCAGUGGCCUUUCUGGUUCGACUCGAGUUGGAGAGGAAAUCAGAGAAGGGACAAGACAUACCUUAGAUCCUGUCUUGGAGUUACAGCUGGCUCGACUGCAGGAGCUGGGAUUCAGCAUGGACGAUUGUCGCAAGGCUCUUUUGGUGUGCCAAGGCCAAUUAAAAAAGGCAGCAAGUUGGUUGUUUAAGAAUGCCGAACCUCUGAAGUCUCUUUCCCUGGCCUCUAACAGCCAAGAGAGCCAGGGGACCGCACCAGCUCAUUUGAUCUCGGGCGUGGAGAUUAAGGCUGAGAGUGUGUGCAUCUGCUUCAUCGAUGACUGCAUGGACCGUGACGUUCCUCUUGCCGAGCUCACCUUUUCCCGUCUGAAUUUUCUGCAGCGCGUCAGAACGAGCCCUGAAGGCCACGCCCACUUCACCCUUUCUGGAGAUUAUUACAACCGGGCUCUGUCAGGCUGGGAGCCAUUUCUUGAGCCCUGGCCGUGCACUGUAUCCUGGCAACAGCAGGCAGCUAGUCGUCUCCAUCCUCCUCGGCUGAAGCUGGAAGCCAAGGCCAAAACCCGUUUGGACAUCAAUAUCACUUCAGUACUAAUUGAUCAGUAUGUGAGUACCAAGGAAUCAUGGAUGGCAGAUUACUGUAAAGAAGACAAGGAAAUAGACUCAACUACAACAGAAGACUGGAUGGGCUCUUCAGUGGAUCCUCCCUGCUUUGGACAAAGCCUCCCCCUUGUCUACCUUAGAACUAGGAGUACAGCCAGUCUGACUAACCUAGAGCACCAGAUGUAUGCUAGAGAGGUGAAAACCCCCAAGCGCCGGCAGCCUUUUGUCCCUUUCGCUCUGAGGAAUCACACAGGCUGCACUUUGUGGUUCGCCACCCUGACCACCACACCCACCAGGGCUGCACUGUCUCACAGCGGGAGUCCAGGGGGCGUUCCAGAAGGGGACGGGACAUUUCUCGAUGACACUCACAAUGUCAGUGAGUGGCGGGAAGUCCUCACAGGUGAAGAGAUUCCCUUUGAAUUUGAAGCACGUGGAAAGCUAAGACACAGACACACCCAUGACCUCCGGAUUCACCAACUGCAAGUGAGAGUAAAUGGUUGGGAGCAAGUGAGCCCUGUGUCUGUGGACAAAGUUGGGACCUUUUUCCGAUACGCAGCGCCAGAUAAGAAUUCAUCUUCCUCUACGAUUGGCAGCCCAAGCAGCAGAACAAAUAUUAUCCAUCCCCAGGUUUAUUUCUCAGCACUCCCGCCUGUCCGGGUGGUCUUUGCCGUGACCAUGGAAGGCAGUGCUCGCAAAGUGAUCACUGUCCGGUCUGCCCUCAUUGUGAAGAACAGACUCGAGACACCAAUGGAACUAAGACUGGACAGCCCAUCAGCUCCAGACAAGCCCGUGGUGCUUCCCGCUGUCAUGCCGGGGGACUCCUUUGCUGUGCCUUUACACCUCACUUCUUGGCGGCUGCAGGCCCGGCCCAAAGGGUUGGGCGUAUUUUUCUGUAAGGCUCCUAUCCACUGGACGAAUGUAGUAAAGACGGCAGAGGUUAGUAGCAGCAAACGAGAGUGCCAUUCCAUGGACACAGAGAAAAACCGAUUCUUCAGGUUUUGUGUGGCCAUAAAGAAAGAGAAUUAUCCAGAUUACAUGCCCUCAAACAUAUUUUCUGAUAGUGCAAAACAGAUUUUCAGGCAGCCGGGGCAUACCAUAUAUCUCCUGCCAACUGUGGUAAUCUGCAACCUGCUCCCUUGCGAACUGGAUUUUUAUGUUAAAGGAAUGCCCAUUAAUGGGACCCUGAAACCUGGCAAAGAGGUGGCUCUCCACACCGCUGACACGGCCCAGAACAUUGAACUGGGGGUAUCACUGGAGAAUUUUCCACUCUGUAAAGAAUUGCUCAUUCCACCUGGAACCCAAAACUAUAUGGUAAGAAUGCGUCUCUAUGAUACCAACCGGCGGCAGCUGAACCUCACCAUCCGGAUUGUGUGUCGAGCAGAAGGAUCCCUAAAGAUCUUCAUUUCUGCUCCGUAUUGGUUGAUUAACAAAACAGGGUUACCGCUGAUCUUCAGACAGGACAACACAAAGACAGAUGCUGCAGGCCAGUUCGAGGAGCAUGAGCUGGCCCGGAGCCUGAGCCCCCUCCUAUUCUGCUAUGCUGACAAAGAGCAGCCGAACCUCUGCACGAUGAGAAUCGGAAGGGGGAUUCAUCCUGAAGGCAUGCCGGGCUGGUGUCAGGGCUUCUCCCUGGAUGGUGGGAGUGGUGUCCGAGCUCUGAAAGUCAUCCAGCACGGAAACCGCCCAGGGCUGAUCUAUAACAUUGGUAUUGAUGUCAAGAAAGGCCGAGGUCGAUAUAUUGACACCUGUAUGGUCAUCUUUGCCCCCCGUUACCUGUUAGAUAAUAAAUCAUCUCACAAGCUUGCAUUCGCACAGAGGGAAUUUGCCAGGGGACAGGGAACAGCCAAUCCCGACGGUUACAUUUCUACCCUUCCUGGUUCCAGUGUGGUGUUCCAUUGGCCUCGGAAUGACUAUGAUCAGCUGUUGUGUGUCAGAUUAAUGGAUGUUCCCAAUUGUAUUUGGUCUGGAGGCUUUGAGGUCAACAAGAAUAAUUCUUUCCACAUCAACAUGAGAGAUACCUUGGGAAAAUGCUUCUUCCUGCGCGUGGAAAUUACACUCCGAGGAGCUACCUACAGGAUCUCCUUUAGUGACACAGACCAGCUGCCCCCUCCUUUCCGAAUUGACAACUUUUCUAAGGUCCCGGUUGUCUUUACUCAGCACGGCGUAGCUGAGCCCAGGCUCCGAACUGAAGUGAAGCCCAUGACCUCCUUGGAUUACGCCUGGGAUGAACCCGCCCUGCCACCGUUUAUCACUCUGACUGUUAAAGGGGCAGGCUCCUCUGAGAUCAACUGCAACAUGAAUGAUUUCCAGGAUAACCGACAGCUUUAUUAUGAAAAUUUCAUUUACAUUGCUGCUACAUACACGUUCUCUGGUUUACAGGAGGGAACAGGAAGGCCUGUGGCUUCCAACAAGGCCGUUACCUGUGCAGAGCUCGUCUUAGAUGUCUCGCCAAAGACACAAAGAGUCAUUUUAAAGAAGAAGGAACCAGGGAAGCGUUCUCAGCUGUGGAGGAUGACCGGGACCGGCAUGCUGGCCCAUGAGGGCUCGUCAGUGCCUCACAACCCCAACAAGCCCUCAGCAGCCCGCUCCACCGAGGGCUCUGCCAUCUUAGAUAUUGCUGGGCUAGCUGCCGUAACUGACAACAGGUAUGAGCCGCUGAUGCUCAGGAAGCCUGAUCGCAGGAGAAGCACAACCCAGACCUGGAGUUUCCGUGAAGGAAAACUGACCUGCGGGUUACAUGGGCUGGUUGUCCAGGCCAAAGGAGGGCUUUCUGGUUUGUUUGAUGGAGCUGAAGUCGUUCUUGGUCCUGACACUUCCAUGGAGAUUUUGGGGCCAGUUCCACCUGAACAACAGUUUAUUAACCAAAAACUGAGGCCUGGUUCUGGAAUUUUAUCUAUCAGAGUCAUCCCAGAUGGACCAACUAGAGCACUGCAGAUAAUGGAUUUCUCCCAACGGAAAAGUGACCGUUCAUCAUAUGAAGUGGAUGAACUUCCUGUUACUGAACAAGAGCUACAGAAAUUAAAGAAUCCAGGCACAGAGCAGGAAUUAGAAGUGCUUGUGAAGUUAGAAGGUGGAAUCGGGUUGUCCUUAAUUAAUAAAGUCCCAGAAGAACUGGUCUUUGCAAGUCUUACAGGAAUCAAUGUGCACUAUACACAGUUGGCAACCAGUCAUAUGCUUGAGCUCAGCAUACAGGAUGUACAGGUGGACAAUCAACUCAUUGGUACCACUCAGCCCUUCAUGCUCUACGUGACGCCCCUGAGCAAUGAGAAUGAGGUCAUUGAGACAGGCCCUGCCGUGCAGGUGAAUGCGGUGAAGUUCCCCAGUAAGAGUGCGCUGACCAACAUCUACAAGCACCUGAUGGUCACGGCUCAGAGGUUCACAGUGCAAAUUGAAGAGAAGCUGCUCCUCAAGCUGCUGAGUUUCUUUGGCUACGAUCAAGCAGAAUCAGAGGUUGAAAAAUAUGACGAAAACCUCCACGAAAAGACAGAUGAGCAGGGGGGAACACCCAUUCGCUACUACUUUGAAAAUCUCAAGAUCAGCAUUCCCCAGAUCAGGCUGAGCGUGUUCACCUCCAACAAGUUACCCCUGGACCUGAAGGCUCUAAAAAGUACCUUGGGAUUUCCAUUGAUUCGGUUCGAAGAUGCUGUGAUUAAUCUGGACCCAUUCACUCGGGUCCAUCCCUAUGAGACCAAGGAGUUCAUCAUCAAUGACAUCCUCAAACAUUUCCAGGAGGAACUCCUCAGCCAGGCAGCGCGGAUCCUGGGGUCGGUGGACUUCCUUGGCAAUCCCAUGGGGCUUCUGAAUGACGUUUCUGAGGGGGUCACUGGACUGAUAAAGUAUGGAAAUGUCGGGGGCCUUAUCCGAAAUGUUACCCAUGGAGUAUCUAACUCUGCUGCCAAGUUUGCGGGGACCUUGUCGGAUGGCUUAGGAAAGACAAUGGACAACCGGCAUCAGUCGGAGCGGGAGUACAUCAGAUACCACGCAGCCACCAGUGGCGAGCACCUGGUAGCCGGCAUCCACGGCCUGGCCCAUGGUAUCAUUGGUGGAUUGACCAGUGUUAUAACCUCAACAGUGGAAGGUGUGAAAACGGAAGGGGGUGUCAGCGGUUUCAUAUCUGGCCUUGGGAAAGGGCUUGUUGGCACUGUAACCAAGCCAGUGGCAGGCGCCCUGGAUUUUGCAUCAGAAACAGCCCAGGCGGUGAGAGACACAGCCACACUUAGUGGCCCCAGGACGCAGGCGCACAGGGUGCGGAAGCCGCGGUGCUGCACGGGGCCCCAGGGGCUGCUCCCCCGCUACUCGGAGAGCCAGGCCGAAGGGCAGGAGCAGCUCUUCAAGCUGACGGACAACAUACAGGACGAGUUCUUCAUCGCCGUGGAGAACAUCGACAGCUACUGCGUGCUCAUCUCCUCCAAGGCCGUCUACUUCCUGAAAAGUGGGGACUACGUCGACCGGGAGGCCAUUUUCCUGGAAGUCAAGUACGACGAUCUCUACCACUGCCUCGUCUCCAAAGACCACGGGAAGGUGUACGUGCAGGUGACCAAGAAGGCGGUGAACACGAGCAGCGGAGUGUCCAUCCCCGGCCCGUCCCAGCAGAAGCCCAUGGUCCACGUGAAAUCGGAGGUCCUCGCGGUCAAGCUAUCCCAGGAGAUAAACUAUGCGAAGAGCCUGUACUAUGAACAGCAGCUGAUGCUGAGGCUCAGUGAGAAUCAGGAGCAGCUGGAGCUGGACUCCUGAGGCUGAGGCUGUGCGGGGCUCAGACCCACCUGCCAAUCGGGAGCCUGAGGUAGAGGCCAAGCCUCAGCACAGUUUGGGGGACGAUCUCAAGAAACGAGAGGAAGCAAAUGCUGAUGGGGAUACUAAUGGAAACCAACCGCAUUGAUUUGUGGGCCAGGGGUCACUUUAGAUUAUGGGGAAGUAAUUUUUUAAAGGUAUUGGUUGAAUAACGCUAAAAAGUGUCUGAGAUGAACCUAAUUUUUGGACUGCCCUGUAUUUUGUUACCAUGUAUAUAUGUACAACUGUGUUUGUAAAUAUGUAGGCGUAUUUCCCAACAGGGCCUGUGAUGUGUGUAAAGGCUUAUUGACUGUAAAGUAAUAUAAAGUUAUAUUGGAUCUUCUGUU